AUGACAAAGCUCCGGGGAGGAGUGGGGUGGCGCGGUGCGCUCAGCCCGCACACGGAACCGGCAGCCCGGCUACAGAGCUCGAUCUCGCCGCGGUGCACCGGGACCGCCGAGGGAAGUUUGCGCCAUCGCUCCGCGGUCAUGGAUGGAGUUCUGACGCAAAGCGGCGGCGCAAUCGGGAGCGUCUUAUCCCAGUUAACCGGUCCUGAUGAGAAACCAGUGCCCGGACUGGUGGUUGAUGAUCGGGCUGGACUGAAUCACGGGGCUCCGAACGCUGCGCCCCGCCGGAUCUCCGCGGAUCAGCAGGACGGAGACUGGGCGCCCAACGCCGGCAAGAAGAAGAACUACCAGCGCUACCCGAAACCGCCCUACUCCUACCUGGCCAUGAUCGCCAUGGUCAUCCAGAACUCACCCCAGAAAAAACUCACCCUGUCUCAGAUCCUGAAGGAGAUCAGCACGCUCUUUCCGUUCUUCAAAGGGAACUACAAGGGGUGGAGAGAUUCGGUACGGCACAACCUGUCCUCCUACGACUGCUUCAUCAAGGUGCUGAAGGAUCCGGGGAAGCCUCAGGGAAAAGGGAACUUCUGGGCGGUGGAGGUGAGCCGGGUUCCUCUAGAGCUUCUGAAGAGGCAGAACACGGCCGUAUCCAGACAAGACGAGACCGUUUUCGCCCAGGAUCUCGCUCCUUACAUACUACAGGGACACGCCCCAAUCUCUCGGGAGAAUGAGACGGAGCCCACCAAACCCACCGAGCCGCCGACACGACGUUCCUCCCCCGCGCCGGACGAUCUUUAUCGUCCUAAACUGGACUCGUCGUUCGCGAUAGAUUCUCUCCUGCACAGCUUACGGCCGACUGAGAAUCUCAGAGGGCGGAGUGAUGGAUGGGGGGCGGAGCCUAACUCGCAUUCACCGUGUCCUCGGUAUUCGUGGUCCAACCGGAGCGCGUCUGCGAGUUCGGCCAGUCCCGCGUCGUCUUCAUCGUCGGACGAAGAUUGGCGAGGGAUGACGCGCAUCGACGUGAGGAAACGUGGGACGGACAGAGGGCAUCACAGAGCAGACGAUUAUUUCCCGCCGAACAAGAUCGCGAAGCGAGGUUCGGCUCCGCCCCCGUGGGAACUGCCCACUUCGUACGCCAAGUACACGCCCCCUAACGCCGUAGCCCCGCCCAGCAUGCGCUUCAACCCGAGUCCUUUCGUCCCGCUCGGGUCGGUUCCGUUCUACGGUCAUCACAUCGCACCCAAUCACUUCGGCGGACAUUCUUACUGGCCGCUUUUACCCAGUGGACACGUCUCGUUACAGGCUCCGCCCCUGCUGAUGGACUUGGACAGCAUGUUGCAGUCGGUUCCGCCCAACAAGAGUGUGUUUGACGUGCACCAGCCGCUGAAUCAGUACGGGACGCCGUUUACCAAGUACUCCUAG